AUCCGCACACCGUGACAUCAUUGUCGUCUCUACGUACAUGAUGAGUCGAAUCUUUGAAUCUGCUACUCGUAUGAUGUCCGGGUUUCGCCAGAACGUUGCAUAUUAAGCCCGGAUGACAAACCGCUUACACGAUUCGCCCUGUACAAUCGCGGUAACAAUCCACGAAUCAGGCACAUCCUCUCGUAUGCUGCAUGAGGCAAUUACAAUGCUCACCAUGAUCGAUGCAGACACUUUGAAGUAUCGUAGUCUUCAAACCUACUGAUAUAGCACGAUGUAACCCGACAGCAAGUAUCAGGAACUCCUGUCAUCAUUUCGCGCUCAAACAACUAGGCAGCUUGUUCGGUUGUCCACUUCGUAUCAGGCGAGAAAGGUGCAUCGUAUUCAUGACAGAACUCCCCCAGAACUGGACCAACAUGGCCGACAUCGAAAACCCUGACCACCAUAGUCCUCACUCGCCGACAAGCUCAAGCUCCAGCGGCACGUUGUCUCGGAUUCAGUCAGUAGCAGACCUUGAAAAGGCCGAAACUGCCGCCGACAGGACAUACUUGCCAAUUACCACGUCGGCAUCCAAUGCCCGAACAGCGUCUCGAUCGAAUCUGGCGAAAACUCGUACGGGCACAUCGGUAACCGAUGGCUAUUCUUCCUACAAUUUAGUCGACCAUACGGACGACCAAGAUAAUGAUGCUCUCGCCGUGAAGCGCACUCCGACCGAUGCUUAUGAGGUUCGAUGGGAUGGAAAGAGUGAUCCGCUCUCACCACGUAACAUGAGCUUUGCUCGGAAGUGGUUGAUCACGAGUAUUCUCUCGUUUUCUUCUUUCCUAGUUACUUGCACAUCAUCCAUAUAUACUCUCACGUACGACCAACUCAUCGACCACUUUCACACCUCAAGAGAAGUCGCUACUUUGGGCUUGUCAUCCUUCGUUAUUGGCCUCGCACUUGGGCCUAUGUUCCUGGCUCCUCUUUCCGAGUUCUAUGGCCGCAAACCAAUUUAUGUCCUCUCGAUGGUCAUGUUCACAAUCUGGCUGAUUCCCGAAGCGGUUGCUCAGGGGAUGGCGACCAUGAUUGUUGGCCGGUUCUUCGACGGCUUUGCAGGCAGUGCUUUCCUCGCCGUCGCAGCCGGUUCGAUCGUGGACAUGUUCGAACCGAGCCAGAUCGCCUUUCCUAUGAUGAUAUUCAGUGCAGCGCCGUUCCUGGGUCCUGCGGCGGGGCCGAUCAUAGGUGGCUUCAUCAAUCAAUUUGCAUACUGGCGAUGGACCUUCUACACUCUACUCAUCUGGUCGGGUUGUUUGACUGCAGCCGUAAUCCUGGUCGUGCCCGAAACCUACCCAAAGGUCCUGCUCAAGCGAAAAGCUGCAAGCAAACGGAAGGAAUCCGGCAACGAGCGAUGGUGGGCUCCCAUCGAAAAGAAUGACGCUUCCGUACUGCACACCGUGCUCCAUUCGUGCGUGACACCGUGUAAACUCCUCAUCCUCGAGCCGAUGUGUCUGCUACUCUGUCUCUACUCGGCAAUCCUGCUGGGCAUCGUCUACCUCUUCUUCGGCGCCUUUCCGCUCGUCUUCCAAGCCAACCACGGCUUUCAACUUUACCAAGUCGGCCUCUCCUUCUGCGGUCUGGGAGUCGGCAUGAUCGUGGGCGUCCUGACAAACCCAUUCUGGCACAAGAACCACGCCCGCCUGGUCGCCAAGUACGAGGAAGAGACGGGUCAAAAGGGUGUCAAGCCCCCACCAGAGUUUCGACUACCACCUGCUAUGCCAGGCGCAUUCUUAGUUCCUAUCGGCCUCUUCUGGUUCGGCUGGACCACGUAUUCGAGCGUCCACUGGGUCGUACCAAUUAUUGGGAGUGGCGUUUUUGGGACAGGUGUCUUCCUUGCCUUCACUGGCGUUCUGACAUUCCUCGUCGAUGCUUACGCCAACUAUGCAGCCAGCGCAGUCGCAGCAAACGUGCUCGUCCGCCUCAUCUUCGCUGCAGCAUUCCCACUGUUCGGAACUCAAAUGUACGAAAACCUAGGCUUCCAAUGGGCGUCUUCCCUUCUGGCCUUCCUGGCUCUCGCUUGCUUACCAAUGCCGUAAGUCGUCGACGUUAUCAUCAGCAUUGCUGACAAUGUGCCCUGUGCCCUGUGGCCGCGUACUUACCUUUCUCGACAGAUUCCUCUUUUUCAAGUAUGGCAAGAAGAUCCGGGCAAAGAGCAGGUUUACUACUACGGAGGAUGAGUCGUGAUGCUUCCAGAAUAUCUGUCGCUCAUGUUGACGCUUGACGCCGGACGCGGGACGCAUGACGCCAUGUGAUGGUCAAACCCGCAGGCCAGACUAGGGCAAAGCUCAUCUUGUCUCAUGUGUUGUCAUAGGCCUGCGAACCCUUGUACGAUUGGGAUGGAAUGAAAUAGCCUGGCAUUAUAUCUUUGCCCUAAAGACUGGACGUAUUGGCUGUCUCGUAAAGGAUAAGGUCCCGGGAAAACACUCGUCUAGCGAAAUAUCAUCAUUUUGUCUACCCGAAGACAAAGAUUUCUUU